CACCACCCCACAAAAGCGAAUAAUAAUAUUCAUUCCUUUUCUCUGUGUAUGGAAGCAUUAGUGCGCGACAUACGCGGAUCGAGAGGCACUCCUUGUCCAAACUUGCCGCUGACCGAUCAUUACCAGUUCGAUCUUUGCUACGAUCAGUUGUGUUUUGUUUCGGUGUGCGAUUCGUCGAUCUCUUGUCUACCUUCCUCUCAUCGGUUCGGUUCCGCAGUGGUGUGUGGUAACGGCAUAAUAUACAUAAUCGCUGUUGGCGUGUCAAAAGCGAGGAAAACUUUCACCUCCAAAAUUACUUGCGCUCGUGACGGGUAAUCUUCGGAUCCGCCGUGGGAUUCUGCUUACCGUUCAUUAGUGUAUCCCUCUGAAAGUUUUGUACUAGUGUUAAUCCCCAGCUAGUUAUAACAUCCGAAGUGCCCUGAAUCAAAACGUGACCUCGAUUGAUAUGUUGUGAUUGAUUUGUGCUCAGAAUUGUGUUCAAUAGCAAAAUUUAAUGCUAAUCUACCGCUGUUCGAGUGUUUCCUGAUAAGAGAAAGUUGUCCGUGCGUUGCCAUCGGAAGAUGCAUGAUAAUGGUUCACAAUUAAUCGAUUCGAAUCGUGCUGUGUAAGGGAAGCUCUGAACAAGUGCGUCGUUUGUGUACAAAGGUCCGGUGAACCGAAAAAUCGAAGAAGAGAAUCGAUAAAACAAGUUGUAUGUGACCCACUUGUGUGGCCGCUUUUUUUUGUUCGCGUGGAAUUCCGCCGUAUUUGUCCGGUCCUCAUCGUUGCCCGUUUGCUGUGUGCUUGGUACUGUUUCUGUUGUUGUUGUCUGGCCCAAUCAUGGAAUCUCUCAAAAACAGUGACAGCAACGCCAAGGAAGUAGCACCUGCGGCAGCCAACACCGCGGCAGCGGCUAUCACCGCCAAGGCAGCCAAAGCUGAAGCGACCAGAAAAAAUUUGGAUUUCAUAACGAAGAACCUGCUGGCUGGCGGCGUCGCCGGAAUGUGUUCCAAAACGGCCGUGGCUCCACUGGAUCGGAUUAAGAUUCUCCUGCAGGCACACUCGAUCCACUACAAACAUCUGGGAGUUUUCAGUGGGCUGAAACACAUCGUCAAAAAGGAAUCGUUCUUUGCGCUGUACAAAGGAAACGGUGCCCAGAUGGUACGGAUAUUUCCGUACGCAGCGACACAGUUUACUGCCUUUGAAAUUUACAAGAAGUACCUAGGAAAAAUCUUGGGUCCCAGUUUUUUAAGCAUAAAACACUCGGACAAAUUCUUCGCCGGAGCUGGAGCCGGUGUGACGGCCGUUACACUCACCUACCCGCUGGAUACGAUCCGCGCCCGACUAGCAUUCCAGGUGACCGGAGAGCACCGGUACAAUGGCAUCCUGCACACGGCCAGUACCAUUUUUAAGACUGAAGGCGGCAUCCGGGCGCUGUACCGAGGCUUCGUACCCACCCUGAUGGGUAUGGUGCCGUAUGCUGGAUUUUCGUUCUAUUGCUUCGAAAUGCUCAAGUUCAUGUGUAUGAAGUAUGCUCCCCAGCUGACGUGUGAUGAGUGUGCAAGAAACACAGGGGGCCUUGUGUUGUCAGUGCCGGCUAAAUUACUAUGCGGUGGAUUUGCAGGCGCAGUGGCGCAAUCCUUUUCCUACCCCCUGGACGUGACACGGAGGCGAAUGCAGCUCGCUAUGAUGAACCCCGAGACGGCCAAGUUUGGCAUGGGCAUGUUCCGCACCCUGGCCAUCAUCUACAAGGAGAAUGGAAUCAUCAAGGGUCUGUAUCGGGGCAUGUCGAUCAAUUAUCUUCGCGCCAUUCCGAUGGUGGCGGUUUCCUUCAGCACCUACGAAUUGAUGAAACAGACGCUCAACCUGGACACGGGGAUGAAGGUUUGAGUCCUGAUCGGAAAAUGGAACCAAUAUAAUAUGCGAGAGAAUGUUUGACUGGGAAGAACGAGAUGGCUUGAAGAGUUCUGUGAGGGCAUUGCAUGGCGGCUAGGAUUAGACAUAGGUUAAAUAUUAUUGUGAAUCUAUCUAAGCAUUCACAAUACUGUUCACCAAACCCUUGACAGAAGAAGCGAAAAGCAAUUUUUUUGGCAUUUACGUUUACAGUGUUCUGUUGUGUUUGUACCUAACAGGGUAUUUAUUCGACUGUUGUCUCCUCUACUUUUAUUCUAGUUCAAUUUAGACUAAACAGCAUCCUUCUAUUUGUGUAGUAUUAGACGAAAAUGGUGUAGGCACGAUUGGAAUAUAUCAAAACGGUACUUAAAAUUGAUUUUAAUUUCACCUUAUAAUAUUAGAACAAAAAAAGUUAGACAUUAGAGUAAAACUUUAGAACGAAAUCAUUCUUCAAUCUUUAUCUCAUUUGAUUGGAUAAGGUGAUCAAUUCGAAGAAGACAAAUAAAUUCACUCACAUUUGCGGUAGGAUUACGUGUGGAACAAUCUGACAGCUAGGUCGACUACUAACAAUUGAAUGCGAUUGAGUGUGGAAGAAUGUCAUCGAGGAAAGAGAUUUUAGGCAAGGUACGAUCAAAUGUAAAUAUAUGUUCAAUAAAAAGCAGUUCGAAUAUUUUCGUUA